UCUCAGCUCUACACUUCUGCUUUUGAAGGGCAUAAAACAGCGAGGAUGAAACUGGCAAAUAGCAAACCUCUUCGAGGCACAAGGCACAACAGGCCACUGUGGGAUUCUCUCCAGCCAGUCUUCUUUGCUGAAGUGUCUGAAGCAGCCAUGGCAGCAGUACCUGAACCCGCCAGUGAGAUGAUGGCUUACUACAGUGGCAAUGAGGAUGACCUGUUCUUUGAAGUCGAUGGUCCCAAACAGAUGAAGUGCUCCUUCCAAGACACGGACCUCUGCCUUUCGGAUGGUGGCAUCCAGCUACACGUCUCCCACCAGCACUACAACAAGAGUUUCGGGCAAGUCGUGUCGCUCAUCGUGGCAGUGGAGAAGCUGAGGAACAAGCCAGUUCUCUGCCCCAAGGCCUUCCAGGAGGAUGACCUGAGCACCUUCUUUCCCUUCAUCUUUGAAGAAGAACCCAUCAUCUUCGACGCAUGGGACGACGGCUUUGUGUGUGAUGCGCCUGUGCGAUCACUGAACUGCACACUCCAGGACGCACAACAAAAAUGCCUCGUGAUGUCUGGCCCAUAUCAGCUGAAAGCCCUCCACCUCCAGGGACAAGAUCUGAGCCAACAAGUGGUGUUCUCCAUGAGUUUUGUGCAAGGAGAAGAAAAUAGUGACAAAAUACCUGUGGCCUUGGGCCUAAAGGAAAAGAAUCUGUACCUGUCCUGUGUGAUGAAGGAUGAUAGGCCCACCCUGCAGCUGGAGAGUGUGGACCCCAAAAGUUACCCAAAGAGGAAGAUGGAAAAGCGAUUUGUCUUCAACAAGAUAGAAAUCAAAAACAAGCUGGAAUUUGAGUCUGCCCAGUUCCCCAACUGGUACAUCAGCACCUCUCAGGCGCAAAACAUGCCCAUCUUCCUGGGAAACACCAAAGGCGGCCAGGGUAUAAUUGACUUCACCGUGAACUUCUUGUCUUCCUAAAGGGAGCUGCAGCCAGAUGGUCCGCGUGUGCUGAAUGUAGGCUGAUGGAAAGGGACGGGAAGGGUUUUGAGUGGGCUGCAGGCUGGGCUUUGCCAUUGUCUACGCCACUGCCCAGCUGCCUUCCCUGGGGAAGUAAUAAGGACAUCUCCUGCCCACCUGCCUGGACAAUCAGCUCUCUCUUCCCAGGGCCAAUCCUUACCUCUCCAACCCACUCCAAGCCAGCCUGACAGAAACCAUGGCACACGUGGUUCAAAGAAACCCUCUGUCCUUUGUUCCUUGCUUCUGAGGAGCAACCACUUAACUAUUUAUUUAUUUAUUUAUUUGUUUGAUUGGUCUGUUCAACUUAAUUUAAGAGGAUCCAAGAUGUAGCAAUGUCUGUGAAAGAGCCCAGUUUUUAAUAUCUAUGGAGUCAAUUUAAUUUGGAUUGGUGUGCUACCUUUAAAUGUAGUCCUUUUGCUAAGACUGAAAAUAUAUAAGCUCACAUUAUUUAAAUGGAAAUAUUUAUAAAUGAGGAAGUAUG